CGGCCCUGUUGGAGUUUUCUGUAGAGAUGUGUUGAGGUGGCUGGAUUCCCGAGUCUGCUGCAAAAGUUGAACAGUAAACAAACUUGAUGGAUAACUCCGGUAAAGAAAAAGAGGCCACGGCUCUCAUGGCAGAGGCCGAAAAGAAAAGAAAAUCCUCGCAGUCGUUCUUUGGCUCUCUGUUUGGGGGCUCUUCAAAGCUGGAGGAUGCCUGUGACAUGUAUGCAAGGGCAGCCAACAUGUUCAAGAUGGCCAAGAACUGGAGUGCUGCAGGUAAUGCUUUCUCUCAGGCGGCUCUCCUGCACCUGCAUAUGCAGAGUAAACAUGAUGCAGCCACAAACUACAUAGACGCCGGAAAUGCCUUUAAAAAAUCUGAUCCUCAAGAGGCCAUAAACUGCCUGAACAGAGCCAUUGAGAUCUAUACAGACAUGGGUCGAUUUACGAUAGCAGCCAAGCAUCACGUCACCAUCGCUGAGAUUUAUGAAACCGAGCUGGUUGACAUUGACAAGGCAAUAGCUCAUUAUGAACAGGCAGCGGAUUAUUAUAAAGGCGAGGAGUCCACAAGUUCAGCAAACAAGUGUCUGCUCAAAGUUGCAACAUAUGCCGCUCAGCUGGAGCAGUACCCCAAGGCUAUCGAGAUCUAUGAACAGGUUGCAACCCAUGCAAUGGACAGCAAUCUGCUGAAGUACAGUGCAAAGGAUUAUUUCUUCAAAGCUGCUCUCUGCCACUUCUGUGUGGACAUGCUUAAUGCUAAGCUCGCACUGCAGAAGUAUGAGGAAAUGUUUCCAGCCUUUUCAGAUUCACGUGAAUGCAAAUUGGUGAAGGUGAGGUUAACUGUCAGCUCAGCUUUCUUCCACAUAUAUACACGGAAACAAAAAGAGCAAAUUACAGUAAAACGUGUGAAUGUGCGAGUAUUAUUACACCUUUAUUUAACCAGGUAAGUCAGUUGAGAACCAGUUCUCAUUUACAAUGACGACCUGACCAAGAAGCAGCAUAAGAAGCAGCAGUUUCAGUACAACACUUACACAAAUAACACAAUUAUAAACAAAGUCACAAACAGUGAAGAAACAAACAAUCGAUUUACUAAAAACAAGCACAAUGAUCUUGAACAAAUGACAAAAUUAGGCUUUUAAAAGCUGCAAACGAAACAAAUGAACUGAGGUUUAAGGUCUGCUGCAAAUGACUCCAGUCAUUAGCAGCAGCAAACUGAAAUGAAUAACGACCAAAAGAAGUACGGCCUUUAGGUAUGACAAGACUGAUAAUACCGCUGGAGCGCAAAUUAUGAACUGGAUUAUGUAUAUUAAGAAGUAACUGUAAAUAAGAUGGAGUUUUCCCGCUAAGAGUUUUAUAAAUAAACAAAAACCAAUGAAUUUGUCUGCGAGAAUGAAGAGAAAGCCAAUUCAAUGAUAGAUACAGAUGACAAUGAUGAGUGUUAAAAGAAGCUCCAGUUACAAAGCGGAUUGCAGCAUGAUAAAUGACAUCUAGUUUAUGAAGCAGACCUGUAAACUAUAUCCCCAUAAUCCAAAAUAGGAAGCACUGUCGUUUUAACCAGGAGUUGUUCAGAAGAAUAUGUAAAAGAAGAUUUAUUGUGGUAAAGAAAACCAAUACGGAUUUUAACCUUUGAAAGUAAUGCAUUUAUGUGUGUUUCAAAUGACACUUUGCUAUCAAGCCAGAUACCGAGAUAUUUAUAGUGUUGAACAUAAUCGAUCUCAAAGCCAUCCGAUGUAGAAAUUUUAGGCAAAUGCUCAGCAAGUGAGAGAUUCCUACUAAAAACCAUACAUUUAUUUUUAUUUAAGACCAAAUGAAGAUUAGAGAGAGCGUGUUCAAUGCGAUUAAAACUGGCCUGUAAAAGAGAUAAUGCAGUGGUCAGGGAGGAGCUAGAUGUAUAAAUGAUGGUAUCAUCAGCAUAUAAAUGUACGUUGCAAUCACCUACAUUAAAAGUAAUAUCAUUAAUAUAAAUAUUAAAAAGUGUGGGCCCCAAAAUACUUCCUUGAGGGACCCCUUUCAAUAAUAACAUAGGGUCUGACAAAAACCCCUCCACCCUCACUGAUUGUAAACGGUCAUAACAAUAACUCCUAAACCAAGCCAUACAUCUCUCAGAAAUUCCUAUGCCUUUUAGUCUAUCAAGUAGUAUUGCGUGGUCCACAGAAUCGAAAGCCUUUCCCAGAUCAAUGAAUGCAGCUACACUAUACUCCUUUCUGUCAAUGGCACAUGUAAUGUCAUUGAGGACCUUAAGUGUAGCAGUAAUACAUGCCCGGAUCUAAUAUAUGCCAGGAUCUAAAACCAGACUGAGCCUGAUUAACGACGUUGUAAAUCUCCAAAUAGUGCGUAAACUGCUUAUUAACCAGUUUCUCUAAUAUUUUAGAAAGACAGGGCAAGAUAGAUAUAGGCCUGUAACAAUUUAAAUCCGAGUUAUCACCCCCUUUAAAAAGUGGGGUUACAGCAGCAGAUUUCCAAUCCAUCGGGAAAACACCAGAUUGGAGAGAAAGAUUAAAAAUACAAGCAAUAGGUGAUGCUAUAGUAUGAGCUGCUUUCUUUAAGAACAAUGGAUCUAAUUCGUCUAAUGCAGCAGAUUUAUAAGUGUCCAAAUUAAGCAGCUCCUCGAGUACCUCAAUCUCUUGAAUUGGCUGAAAAGAAAAGGAGGAGGAGGAGGGAGAGCCUAAAGCAGAUGAUUGAAUAGGAGAUGCCAGGUUAACCGGCAAACUAGAUGUACCGGAGCUAUUUUCAUAGACACAGCCUAUAUUAACAAAAAUGUCUAUUGAAUAGAUCCACCAUACUGGAUUUUUCUGUGAUAACAACACCAUCAGAUUUUAUUACAGAAGGCAAGCAAGAAGAGAUAUUAGCAUUUUCCAUUUUUUUUUGAUGAUAUUCCAAAAUUUACGAGGAUCGGAGCCGUUAACAGUUAAAUGAUGUUUAAAAUAAAUAAAUUUUGCCUGUCUAAUAGACUGAGUACAUUUAUUUCUUGCCGCCCUAUAUAAUUGCCAAUCAGAUACAUUAUUCGAUGUCUUAGCUGUACGCCAUAAAAUAUGUUUUUGGCGAAUAAGCUCAGACAAAGAUGGGCUAAACCAAGGGCUAAGACGAUUUUUUACCCUAAUCUUUUUAACAGGGGCAUGUUUAUUCAGAACAGAUUUAAACAAAAAUUUAAAAUAUGCCCAAGCCUCUUCAACGCCAGGUAUAAGCCCAAUUCUAUACCAAUCUAUAUCAGCCAAGUCAUGCAAAAAGGCCUGGUCAUUAAAAUUUUCAAGAAGCGUUUAAAAACAAGCACCGGAGGGUUUCUCAAUGUGGUACACUUACGAACACAGGCUAUAUUACAAUGAUCGCUUAAACUCUGACAAAAAACUCCCGACAUACUGUAUACCUCUCAGGCCUAUUAGUGAGUAUAACAUCAAUUAGUGUACUGGAUUCCAUGACCUUAAUAUUAUAUCUAGUAGGAGCCUGCACAAUCUGGGUUAAGUUUAAGGCAUCUAGUUGCAAUUGUAAAGAUGGUGGAGGCUUAAACAUAUCCCAAUUCAAAUCUAACAAAAUAAACUCAGAUGAAAUGUGAGGAGCUAUUGCUUCACUUAAAACAGUCAAAGCACAUGCAGGAGCAGAGGGCGGUCUAUAACAACCAGCUACAGUGAUAAAAAAGUUUUUUUAUAAAAUAAUUUUUAGUUCGAAUUGUUUAACAACUGAUUUUGAAAUAAUUACAGAACAUUGUAAAUGAUCUUUGCAAUAGACAACCACCCCCCACCUUUAGAAAUUCUAUCUUGCCUAAAAAUAUUAUACACAGGAAUGGAAACCGCAGAAUUGGGGAUAGAUUUCUUAAGCCAUGAUUCAGAAAUAACAAGAAUAUCAGGGUUUGUAGUAUGAACAUAAGCAGUAACCUCCGCGACUUUACGGAGAAGACUACGUAUGUUUAAAUGCAUUAAUCCAAAACUUUUACGGUUACAGAAAGAAUUGAAAGUUAGCAAAUGUACAGUGUCAUUUACAGAAUUAUCAGAAGUUGAAAAACCAAGAGGCCCAGGAUUUGGUUGAAUAUUCCCGGACAUCAACAACAGAAGAAUAAUCAGGCACCUAUGCUUAAAUGAUUUGAUGGUAAAAUCCUUAUUAGCAGUCUUACUGGGGAGAGAAGGUACAGAAAAAUUGUCCUGGAGGGCCAUGAUGCUGAUUAUGCGGAAAAAAAAACCCUGAGCUGGUGAGGACUGGUGAUGAAAUAGACAAUUUUUGUCCCAUGAUGAGCAACUCGUGUUGUGGAAAAAUAUCAGUCUUGUAGUUCAAAAAAUCUCUCAGACAAAGAAGGUCCGCGUGUCAAGGGGUUAACUUUAAUUGCUCGAGUCAAACAAAGUGAGAUGUUCCAAGUCAUCUAAAAAACAAGUGUUUUCAGUCUACAGUUAUAGUGAAACUUCUGAAAGGUGGACCUUUCUAAAACCAAUCAGGUAGAUUCCCGUUAUCUCUUAUUUUUAUUAACCAAUUGUUGAUUUUCUACCACCAAUAUAUCCCAGGCAACAAGGUGCGUAUUUAUUCAUGGUAGGCUGGCUAUUGCCUAAUUUUUUAAAUAUAUUUUUAUAUAUCCUCGCCCACCACAAUUAUGUCAUGGUCAUCAUGACCUGUUUCCUUUUCUUCACCUCCUCUUGUCUUUAUCUGUGGCAAAACUGUGGCCUUGCUCAAUGUAGAUUGUAGUCGGGGCGGAACAUGCCCAGAUUUGGUCAUACUGUAGGGUUGGGGCCAGAAAAAGUCCACAGAUUUCAUAAACACUGCCAGACAUCAAAAACACAGCUGUGCAGGGUGCUUUUCAGAAUCUCAUACAAAUGUGUUUAAAACGAAGGGCAAUACAUAGUGAAUAAUUAUCAAAAACAUAAAGACAGAUCAAAAACAUAAAGACAUAUCAUGAAAUUCCUCCAUGUAUUCCCCCCUUUGGGGCCCCACACCUCCUCAUCUUCAGUGAUAACUGUUUUCACAGUUAUUGGCGAAAUACCAUAACCUCAGGAGACUAUAACUAACAGGAAUAAAAUAUGUGUAUCAUAAUUUAUAUGGUAUACAAGUGCUUAAAAAUAUAACGUAAAAUGUGCAAUUUAUCAUUGGUGCCCAAAACUUUUAAAUUGUCGUAUUACUUAAUUGUCAGCAAGCUAGAUAAGUAAAAAGCCUUUCUCAUCUUAUAUUAGUUAUCUCAUAACAAGGAUAACAUCUGAUUUUAAACCUCUCAAUGUUUCUCAGGUCCAAAGACCAUUUUACUCCACAUUGGCAACAGAAUCAUUGUAAUUAUUAUCUAGUACUGUGUACAUUACCAUCUGAUAUCAAUUAAUAUCAUUAUAUUCAACUAAAUGCAUAUUAGUAAAAAAAUCGUUAACAGCACACACAUUACCAUCAACAACAAGUUGCUCAUUUUUGCAAAAAUAUAUUUCUUAAUCUAGUACCAAUUAAAAGUCUCUGAUUCAACCCCCUUUUUUUUAAUCAAAGUCCCAGUUAGCAAAGUGAUUUUUUAUUCCUUUGUAGAUGAUAUGUCCAUCAACGUCAUUCUCUGGAAUGCACAUGCAGCUGGUUUCUUCCAUUGUGGCACAAACUUCACCCUGUGCUGCUGUUAGCUGCUCCACAGUUCUGCAGCCAUUUAAAUGUAAUCCUUGUAGUUCUUCUUUGAUGCUCUCCAUCAUGAUCCUCAUGGCAUUCAUAAACGAAAUCACUUCAUAUCUGGUGAUUUCCACUUCAUGCAUUGAUGAUGCUACACCCAGAGCAGGGCUGAAUACUUUUGACUGUUUUUCAGCCAAUGUCCUUACACGAUGAUUUUUCAGCACAGGGCUGUCCUGUAGAAAGCUGAACAAUCCUCUUCUUGGCUUUCUCUGCAGUGCACAUGAUGGAUGUGGUAUGAUGAUAGCUCCUCCAUGUCAUUGAAGUAGGGCACACAGCCCAGUCCAGUUUCUUGGCAGGGAUAAGUAUAUCUGAUAUUCACACAGCCAGUGAUCGUCUUCCACUACUCCUGUGCGCUUUUCAUCAAAAACAUGUACUGUGCACAUCUGGAUUUGCACAGUCUUUAUCUUUGUGGGUCAGAUAGAUACAGACUGCAGUAUUCCCUCAGUCGUCUCAGCCCGCAAACAUCCCAGGCAGCACUUCCAUGCCAUGAAAUUAGUGUCUUUCUCCCCGUAGAUCGUAGAACAUUACUUUCUUGGCAUCUUUCCCAAAUGGUUGGUUCCUGCUGUCCUGCUGUGUCAUUGUCUUUAAACAUUGUCAUUUUGAAUGAAGUACUGUGGUCUUGAUGUGGCCACCAGUCCCCUCCUGUGACAUUGUCAGGGAACUGAGCACACACAUAACAGUUCUUUCAGUCAUAUAUCCUUAUCCAUGCAUCUGCAAGCACGUUGAUAUGGUCGCCGCUGGGAUGUCUCUCCUGAUGUGACUUAACGAGGCUGGUCAAUGUGGUAUCAGUUGAAGUGGUAUUGGCAAAGUGUUCAUUAGCAAUUCCUUUUCUCCCAAUUAAUGGCAAAUCAAUCAAGUCAAAAUAUCAACACACAUGUAGUGAUCCAUAGGCUACAAAGUCCUGGAAGUCUCAUAAGAUGUCAUGGCUGUCUCUGUUGCUCCAUAUCUGCAAUGUUGUUUUAGUUCAAAGGGUAAAAAACUGUGGAGUAUCCCCAGAUGUCGCUUUCAAACUUAGCACUUUUAACAGUCAGUUCUCUUGUUGCUCUGUAUAUUUGAGAGUUGGCUUAGUUUUUCCAAAUAUGAUGAUCUGUGGAAGUCCUCUAGCUGCAGAAUUCCUCCUAGUUUUACUCAUUAAGACUGUUUAAUAAUCCUCCUUAUUGUUCUGCUGUGCACUUCUUCAAGCUGCCGUAGUUGGUGCAAAAGAAUGCUUGCUGGAACUCAAUGUUUUCAAAUCUGGCAACACUUGUUCAAACUCUAAAACAGCUGUGAUCAUGUCAAGGGCUUAUAAAACAUAACAUUAUUUACUUUUCAAUGAAUAAUCACCUUUUUCUUUUAGAAUGGGGGGUUAUCAAAAUAUCAAAAGAUCUUCCCAAAAAAAUAAAAAAUAAUAUCCUGCACUUUCUCCCAUAUUAUUCAAACAUUCAACAAAAUAUAGAGUGAAAGAAAAUUGGCACCCUGCACAACUCAUACAUUCAGUAUCAUGGCUUCGUAUAUCGUUUUUUUUUUUAUUCCAAAGAUCAUAAGGCCAUCAGGGCCAUGUCAUGAAUCUAGGCCUGCUUGAAGUUAUAUCUGCUUACUGCGGCUUGAACUAUUAUCGAUGCAAUUAUAUUUUGACACAACAAAAAUCAUUCAUGUAGUCACCCUCUCUCAGUGUCUGGAAAUGUUUAAUAACAAAUACAUAUACAGGCACCAAGUGCACACACAUAGUUACUGUGUUCAGUUGAAUUGAAAUAAUUUUGAAGGGGUUAUAUGCCAAAAUAACAAACAGAAAAACAACUAACUGCCUGCCUAUCCGGCACUAAAAGGCUUUAUUACUCUGAAAAUAUACACUUACAAAGAAAAAUACAAUUCUACACUGCCUCCCUAACUAAACAAAAACAGAGCGAACAGCAAAACAAAAUGUAUCAAAAGAAAAUGGCAACCCUUUUAAUAUCCAUUCUUAGUGAUAAAUGUCAUCAGAUAUAAAGUUCAUUAAAUGACUGAACAUAAAAAAGAAAAAAAAUCAAACUUAACUGUGUUGUAUUAAAAUAUUUAAAUUAGAUUUGACAAGUAUCAAAAUUCCCUUUGUUUUGUAGUGCAGCAGUAAUCUCAAGCAUUACACAGACACUUUGUUUUCUGCAAAAACCAGAUUUUGUCAGAUUUUCCAGGUUAUUUUACUUCAAGGGGGUUUUCAAAUUGCAUCUAGUGCAUUCAUAAGUAAAUUAAAAAUCUCUGAUGAUUGUAAUACAUAAUUAUGAUAGUAUUAUUUUCAGUUGUCCAAACAAAUAUAAAUUCAAAACAAGACUUAAUUUCAUAUCCAACCUUAAUCUUACUAGGCAUAUUUCAUGGUUGAACAACUGAAGCCAGAGAAACCGGAUCUUCACACUCUGGGAAAAUAUUUCAGUGCUUAAUAAAUAUCACCAAAAUAAACAGCUAUAUAAACUUAAUAAAAUCUUUUAAAACCGUUAAAGUGAUUUUUCCAGUGAGAGUAAGUAAGUCACAUUUCCGCAUAGCAGAGCUAUCCAAAGUGGUGUUCAAUGUAAAAUAAAAUACCAAUUAACAAAUGGACAAAACAGACAGCAAUAAAAUAAAAAAUUUAAAAUG